UUACUUUUUUAUUUCCUCUCCCCCUUUCUUCUCUGAGUUUCUCUUUCUCAGAACCCUCUCUUUCCAUAACGCCAAGGCCGUGAAGGACCUCCGAUCCUGCAUGGACGCCGACGUGUCCCUCGCUCUCAAGAAGACAAGCUGAUCAAGGUCAAGCUCGAGGCGCUGUGGAUCGGACCAGGACCUCCGUGGUGAACGGGCUGAGGAAGAAGCUGAAGGAUUCGAUUGAGAGUUUCAAUAAUCUCCGGCAACAGAUCUCGUCGGAGUAUCGGGAGAUCGUACAACGCCGGUACUUCACCGUCACCGGCAAAAAUCCCGACGACAAAACUGUCGACCUUCUUAUUUCCACAGCAAAUUUUAUUUGAAGUGAAGUCACACACACUAUCCUCAAAAUUCAAAAAAUAUACAAAUAAACUGAGAGAGAAAAGGAAGAGAGUGUGUGUGUUGGGGAAAAUGGCAGCAAGGCAAAUGGAAGACAUACAGAGAAAGCUGGCGAUGCUGAAUUACCCAAGAGCCAAUGCUCCUGCUCAGUCUCUCCUCUUCGCCGGCAUGGAACGCUACGCUCUUCUCGAGUGGCUCUUCUUCCGGCUAUUGGGCGAUAAAUCACCUUUCUCUCAACAAAGUACACAAGGGGACGCCAUGGAUCGUGAUGAAGAGACUUCUCGCAUCCAAUAUUUGGCAGAGAUCGCAAAGUUUCUAGGCAUUACGACUACCAUAGAUACAGAAGCCAUCCAAGGACGAGGAAGCUAUGAGGACCGCACUGAAAUGCUUCGUCUUAUUGUAGAUCUUGUGGAGGCAAGCAUCUAUGCUGAUAAUCCAGAAUGGAGCAUUGAUGAGCAGAUAGCAAAGGAUAUACAACUUAUAGAUUCUAUUGCAGAAAAACAAGCUCAAAUAUUCUCUGAAGAGUGCAAGUUGUUCCCUGCAGAUGUUCAAAUUCAAUCAAUAUAUCCACUGCCAGAUGUUUCUGAGCUGGAGACUAAGCUUUCAGAACAAUCUAAGAUACUGUUGAAUCUUCAACAGAAGGUUGAUGAUUUGGCAUCAAAGCAUGCUUACAACCCAGAUGAGGAAUAUGCAGGGGUGGAAUCCCAAUUGCGGGCACAUUUGGAAUCUUUUCUAGAAACUGCAAGAUCAUUCAAUAUGAUUUACACCAAGGAAAUUCGUCCCUGGACACACAUGAUGGAGGUACCACAGCUCCAUGGGUUUGGCCCUGCUGCAAAUCGCUUAUUGGAGGCAUACAAGAUGCUUUUGAAGUUCCUAGGGAACUUGAGGAAUCUUAGAGACUCCCAUGCAGCUCUCGCUGUUGGAUCAUCUGAAACAAUUGCUGGUGAGCCCUCUUCUGUAACGAGAAUAAUCUCUGAGUGUGAGUCUGCAUUAACAUUCUUAAAUUGUGACCUUGGAAUUCUCUCGGCUUCCAUUGCUCGUGAGGAAGGUGAAGACGUGAAUUUACGAUGAAAUUAUUACUCAUGUAGUGUUGAUUAGAUGCAGUGUCUUCCAAUUCUUUGGAGACAUUUUGAAAAAUGUAUUAGUUUUUCUAGUAUGAAUGACUUGAAUGUAUGGAGAGUUGAUGUUGGCUGUGUUAUAGUAAUUCAUUUUAGAUCUAAAGCAUGUUGAUGUAGUAUUUGAUAGGUGUGUCACCAUCACCUAUUGUCAUACAUAUAUAUAAUGGGAGGAUUUAUUUAUUUUUGAUUGCUAAGUAAUGAAAGGAUGAGUACAUUAGAUUUUUGUGUUA